AUGGCUCAAACAUCUCCCUUGCUUACCCCAGUUACUUGUGAAAACACCAACAUAACCUCUGUUCCCUUCUCCAAUAUCAUUCCCGUGGAUUCCAUUAUGGCAGUGGAUGAAGAAAUCCCAACCAUUGACUUCUUCAUGCUUUUCUCUGAUGAUCCCAGCCAACAAUCCAAGGCCCUCGACCAUCUAAGCAACGCAUGCGAGGAGUACGGAUUCUUCUAUCUGGUAAAUCACGGCGUGCCUGAUAGUGUGAUUGAAGGUGCACUGAAGGGAAUUACUGAUUUUUUUGAAGUGACGAAGGAGCAGGAGAGGAAGGAUUACAAGAAAAGCAACCCAACAGAUAGGAUCAUGUGGGGUUCAAAUUCCCACGCUGGGGAAAAUAGGGAAUAUCUCAAGGUGGUCGCACAUCCCCAAUUCCAUUGCCCUGCUAAACCAGCUAGCUUCAGUGAGGCCCUAGAAGAGUAUUUCAAGAGAUUUCAAGAUGUUAAAAUUGGUUUAGCGAGGGCGAUAUCGAAGAUCUUGGGAUUUGAAGAGUGCUACAUCGAGAAGGUCUUCAAUCUGAAGUCAGGAUUUGAUGUAGCUGCCAUGAAUGUCUAUCCACCGAAUUUCCAAUCAAAAGGUUCUAUUGGAGUGCCUUCUCAUACCGACCCUGGCUUCUUUGUCUCUCUCAUACAAGAUGUGAAUGGUGGUCUCCAAGUACUAUCGCAUAAAGGGAAGUGGAUCAACGUAUAUAUACCUAGAAAUGCAUUCCUUAUUCAAAUUGGAGAUCAUCUGGAGGUUCUAACUAAUGGCAAGUAUAAGAGUCAUAUUCAUCAUGUUGUGGUGGAUAACAAUAAAGUUAGAAGGAUUUCUCUGGCCACACUUCAUGGACCAUCUUUGGACACCUUUGUGAUUCCGGCACCAAAGUUUGUGGAUGAUUUCACCCCACUGGCUUAUCAAGGGAUGACGUAUAAAGAGUCCUUGGAGGUUAAUGGUCAUCACGAGAUUGAAGUUCAAUCAUGCCUUGAACAACUUCGGCUCUAA